UCGGCCGCGGGCCCCCGGGGGAUGUGGCGGCGAGCCGGCGGCAUGUCGGCGGAGCUCGGCUUGGGGGUCGCGCUGCGGGCGGUGAACGAGCGCAUGCAGCAGGCGGUGGCGCGGCGGCCGCGGGAUCUCCCAGCCAUCCAGCCCCGGCUAGUAGCUGUCAGCAAAACCAAACCUGCAGAUAUGGUGAUCGAGGCCUAUGGACAUGGCCAGCGUACUUUUGGGGAGAACUAUGUUCAAGAACUGCUAGAAAAAGCAUCAAAUCCUAAAAUUCUGUCUUCAUGUCCAGACAUUAAAUGGCACUUUAUUGGACACCUACAGAAACAAAAUGUCAACAAACUGAUGGCUGUCCCGAAUCUCUUCAUGCUGGAAACUGUGGAUUCCAUGAAGUUGGCUGACAAAGUGAACAGUUCUUGGCAGAAGAAAGGUGCUCCUGAGAGGCUCAAAGUCAUGGUCCAGGUCAACACCAGUGGAGAGGAGAGUAAACAUGGCCUUCUGCCCUCAGAGACAGUCGCCGUGGUGGAACACAUAAACGCCAAGUGCCCAAACCUGGAAUUUGUGGGGCUGAUGACCAUAGGAAGUUUCGGGCAUGACUUUAGUCAAGGACCAAAUCCAGACUUCCAGGUGUUGCUGUCACUCCGGGAGGAGCUAUGUAAAAAGAUGAAUGUUUCUGCUGACCAGGUGGAGUUGAGCAUGGGCAUGUCCAUGGACUUCCAGCAUGCAAUUGAAGUUGGAUCUACAAAUGUUCGAAUAGGCAGCACCAUCUUUGGAGAGCGAGAUUACACUAAGAAAACCACCCCGGACAAGUCUGCAGCAGACCUGAAGACUCCAGCAGAGGCGCCGCAGGCCCACUGAGCCAGGGACCCACCACCUGGCUGCUGGCUCUGUCUGAGAAAACCAACUAUGCAUUCACCUGGAUUUUCAUUUUGAUGUUCCCUAAGUUCCAGCACAACCAUGCUUUCCAGGGAGGGGACAAAAGAUGAGACUAGUGAUGUGAGUUGACAGAGACCAUCUGUCCUUAGUGUCUGACAUUGGAAGUCAUCCAGUGGCUUUGGUUGAGAUUUGAGAAAUCCAGGUAUUUUAGUACAACAGAAACAAAACCAGUAGUCACUCAUUGACUUCAAUACUGAAUGUUGCCCAAGAGGACUGGACAGCGUAGGAAUACCCUUCCCAUGUUAAAAUUUGCUCCCUGAUACCUAUAAUCACCAAAAUCAGAGGAAUUCAUAUUUGCCAUCUACUUUAAUAGAAACUUACCUGUGUUUCCCAAAUGCCACAAACUCCUACCAGGUUGUCAUCUCUGCUGCCCUAGAACACAGUGUUCCUGUUAACACACACACACACACAAAUUCCUACCAGGUUGUCAUCUCUGCUGCCCUAGAGCACAAUGUUCCUAUUAACACACACACAAUCCAUCUGCUCUGGAAUGGCAGUGUUGGUCACUUUGAAAUUAAUGCACCAAAGUUGUCACUGAACAUAGUUUGUUGCACUGGCCACCCUGUAGUUGUAACCCUGAAAGCUACUAGGUGACAGAGAUAGGACUCUGCUCUUUCCAGCAUCCCCCUGAAGAGACAGACUUUGGACUUUUUACCCUGGGUCUUAUAGGGAUAGAAAUAGUUUAUCUUCUACCAUAAUCUUCUUUAUGGUAAAUUCUUACCAACGACCUGUCAGUCUCCUCACUCCCCAGAAAUGGAAGGUCUUUCCAAGUCACUUCAGACACAUUGUCUCAACAAGGCCUGGCCUGGGGUUUCUUUUCCUAAGGAGCAGCAUCCAGAUAACAUUUAUUGCCCCCCAUCCCCCUACCGAAUUUUGCAGUUCUUCUUGGUGGUUCAUCAAGUAGCAUUUUUGCAGUCAGAAAGCACAAUUCUCAGUCAUGGCAGGUGACCACUGCCUGAAUUCUUAUUUAUUUUCUAGUUGGCUUUUUCUUAUUUAUUCAAACCCCCCCCUCGGGUCUUAAUUAUAUGAAAUAAUUUUCAGAACAUUAUGCGUCUGCUGAAUGUAAUUUUGUAAGACUUAAACCAUUAUGAUUCUUGUACUAUGCCAAUCAGAGCUAUAGUGUGAUAUUUCAGAGGCUAUUAAAUAAAAAUGUGAGUUUGAAUUAUACCAUCUGUGCCAAUUACAAAGCAAUUAAAAGAUUUAUUUUCUAUGA